AUGGCGGAUGCUGCGAUCAACCUACCGCCAGCAUCGGCGAGCCUGAUCAACCUCGCCAUCGUCGAGAUUGUGAUAUAUGUUCUUCUGCUGCCACCACUUCUAUACAUCACUUGGAAACAUGGCAAAAAUGGCAUGACAUGCUGGUCACUCCUCGUGUCAUUCUACGGCAUGCGUUUUGCAUCAGAUAUCUGGCAGAUUAUGGAUCGCAACAAGCCCAAUGUGCCCGGCGCACUGCUGAUCAUAACCAAUGCUGGAAGCAUUGCUUGCUUGACUCUUGGCCUUAUUGGAAUCCUAUAUGAGAUCAACAUCAUACUUCCGUAUCCCAAGCGCUGGACCGACAAGAUCAUCAUGGCUACGACUAACCUGGUCAAUACCGCGGGCAUCGCCAUGGCGACAUACGGAGGUGCACCCAGCGCCACUGCUCCUGGCGGGGUCAUGAACCAAUUGAUAGACAGAUUGGGCAAUAUCUUGAUGUUGCUCGCACUAUUUGCUCUCUACGCUUGGAUCUGGCCCACCUGGAACCGGGUAUGGUCAAUUCGUGAUGACCCAAGUUUCAAGCCUGCAUUGUACAUGAUCGUGGCGGCGGCGGCGGCGUUGCCCUUCCAGCUUAUUCGCAUCAUUUACAACACCGUGUACUCCUUCGAACUGGUCGACAGGGCCUUGGACCCUAUCAUGGGUAUAUUUGCCACCCGGUUCAUAUUUCUCUUUGUGACGCAGCUGGGCUGCUUGGUCAUCUUGCUCGGCGGCGGCUAUCUCGGAAUUUGCCCGAAGGAGUCUCUGUCGGUGGAUGAUAGCACUGUUGAGCAAGGUAUUGAGCUCACGACCACGGGAGAAAAUACCUCUGACCAGUCACCUGACUGGGGUUCGAUGGGCAGAAUGAACGCUAAGAAGAAUGAGGCAGUUGGCACAAGGUUUAGAUGAUGAUGAACAGCCUGGCUGUAUUGCCGACCACGAUCUGUGCAGGGGCUACAAUAGUGGAUUUCAGACUGGCUGUAGGACGGUUUCAUUGGUGGAAUAUAAGAACUGGUGCACUAGUCUUGAUUAAAACAAUUCUCGGUAGCUAAAUUUCAAAUGUCUUUUCUUUUUUUCCCUUAAGAUUUAUAUUUGUUUGUGUCGUAGCUCACCUCUGUCCGCCACUUUCAUUCUGUUC